AUGGCAUUCCGGACCGGGGAGACCAUUGGCGGCUUUACCAUCGAUCGACUCCUGGGACGCGGGGCCUACGGCGAGGUCUUUCUGGUGCAGCGGCAGGGACGGCAUGCCAUGAAGGUAAUCUCUUACGAUGCGGCUCACCAAAGGGACGUCGGCAGCAAGAGCUCCGAUCCUGCGUUGGAGGCUGCCCUUGCCGAAGCGGCUCUGCUUCAGGAGCUCCGCUAUCCACACAUCGUGAGUUGCGAAGAUGUCUUGUACGAGAUGGAUCGGCAGGUGGUCUGUCUCGUGCUGGAAUACAUGGACGGAGGCGACCUUCAUGGCCUCAUCGAGCGCCAAAGAGAGGCGGGGACUGGAUUUGAUGCUCAUUUUCCUCGCCGAGUGCUCGCAGCGGUCGGGGGUGCAUUGCAGUACAUACAUGGCGUCGGCAUCCUGCACAGAGACGUCAAGCCUGCAAACAUCCUGCUCUCAAGGAGAUCCGGCCGGAUCAAGAUCUCCGACUUCGGCAUCUCCAAGCUUGUCGAAGCCACGACCCUGCAGGCUCACAGCCUGGUAGGUACGCCUUACUACUUUGCUCCCGAGCUCGUCUCCGGUGACGCGUACGGACCACCUGCCGAUGGCUGGGCACUAGGUGCCGUGGUGUACGAGGUAGCAGCACUGCGCCGCCCGUUCGAGGCAAGCAAUCAACUCGCACUCGUCCGGAAGAUUUGCGAGGAUGCACCGGCACCCCUGCCAUCCUCAACUGCUGCGGACGUCGCCGCUGCCAUCGACGGUCUUCUUCAAAAGGAGGUGCUGCGACGCAUGUCGCUUGGUGAGGCCUUGGCGAUCAGCAGCUCCAUCGCUGCUUUGGUGGCAAGCCCCUACGAAGAGGUGGAUGCCGUCAGUGAGGCUGAGGCCUCGGUCGCUGACAGCGUCGGCAGCGCCGACAGCUGGCAAGAUGCAGAAGUUCUGACCUGGCGAGCAUCGACAGCUGCGGGCAUGGCCAGAGCGGCCCUGGCUGCAGACGAGGACGAUCCGGAGGAACUGCGCGAUGCGCUGAUGGCCUUGGAGUCUGAGCGGCAGGAGUUGGGUGAGUUGGGUGUGAAGGCGGAGUCGGCACCUCCGGACCCUGGGCAAGUCGAUGCUCCCGCGUUGGCGUCGCUGGCCGAAGAGAUCGAGGUUCGGCUGGGUGCACUGCGAGAGGAUGCAACCGUUCUCCUCGACGGGAUAAUGUCGGAGGAUGCGAACUCAGAGGCUGCCCCGGAUUUGGCGUCUUUGGCAACCACCAGAGAUCUCCGCAGCGAGUCCUCAGUGGACUCUGCAGAAGAGGCGAUCGAAGUCGCAACAACGCUCGGAGUCGACACAGGCGCAGCCGAAGAGCGGCUGGCCAGUGUGCGGCGAAUGCUAAGCGUUCGUGUGGUGUGGGACACGGCCGUCCGCUUCUUCCUCUUGCCCCUGCGUGUGAGCUUCAAGGCUCUCGUCCAGCAGGUAGCCGUCCGCUUCCGGCUGCCCAAGAAAGCGCCACCGCUGCAGCUCUGCUGGCGAGAGGCCGAGGAGUGCUACCCUCUCGAUGGCGAAGCUGCCUGGGAGGAGUGCCUCGCACGGCGGGGCCUCGCGGAGCGUCCAGGGCGCCUAGAACUCCAGGUGCUCAACCGGUCCAAGCCACCGCAGAGGCGAAGGAAGGCCGAAGUUCCUUCGAAGGGAGCCGGAGUCGACGGAGUGGGAGUCGCCGGUCGGCCAAGUCCUCUAGAUGUCUCCAGGACGGGGCCAGCUGAUGCCAUGUUCCUGAUCACCGGCACGCAGGUCUGCUACUGGGCCGUUGAAGGAUCAAGGUCGUACAUACCUGACCCGCCGAAAGAAACCCCUUGGACGGGCUUGGGCGAUGUCGACCGGGAGGGAGCAGCCUGUUUCCUGGCUUGUGUGGGCCUUUUUGACAUGUCUCAGCCGCAGCUCUUCACAGCGGGCCGGAGAGACGCAGACCUGGAUAAGGAACCACAGACUGGGAAUGGCCAUGUCAACGUGACUGCACGGAGGUUGAUUGCAGCGCUAUGUCCCUCCGCUGCAUACUCCAACGAGAUCGAGGUAAGCGGAAGUCCGGAGCCGCCCGUGUACUUCGCAGAGGGCAGAAAGGAAGAAAUACGUAAACUCGAGGAAGGGCUUGAGCAUCAAACAGAGGUGAAGGUCAAGACCACCGAAGACAUCUGCAUCUCGAUGAUGCUUUUAGGAUGCAUGGGCUUCAUGAUGGCCAACUUCUAUCUCAUAAACUGGCCGGAUGAGGACAUCAAGCGCAUUUCUUGGGAGGUGAUCAGUUCAACGGUAUCCAUCUUCUCGGCCGUCUUGCUCUUCCAGGCUUGCAACAAGGUCCUUGAGUACUACAUCCUGGAAGGCCUGUGGAUUUGGUGGCAGCUGGUCAUCGACAUGAUGCACAUGUCGGCGUGGUUCGUGAUCUUGCAGCUGACAUUGGCCUACUUCUCGGGCGCCUUAGGGGAGCACCACGAGGUUGGGAAGCACAGGCUGUCAAUCAUGUCGGCUGCAGCUACCGAAUCAAUGUCGGACUUCCGGAAGAAGCUGCAGCGAGAAAACUCGGCGAAGGAACACUUCGAGGCAGUGGAGGCCAAUGUGGAGUGCUAUGCCAUACUUCUCGGCCACAUCACGGGCUUUGCGGCUAUCAAUGCAUGGGGAACGCUUCAGCAGGCCGUUCCGCGAAACCUGGUUUGGUGUGGUCUUGUGCCAGUGAUUACACUUGUUGGUAUUCUGUGUAUCUAUGCUGGCACUGACACGUUGAGAGAGUACAAGACGCUGGCUGACGACGAAGAGGAUGAGUGGGAGAAGCUGUGGGACGAAGAGGUUGCCGAGACAGAAGACGAUGUCAUGGCAUUGGCCGUGUCUUUCUUGCUGGUCCAGGUUCUCCGAUUUGCUAUCAGUGGCCAGCUACCCAAUUCCGAGGGAGAAGAUGAGGAGGGAUCGCAGCACUCGGCCGGAGAAUGUGGCAUGCUGCUUAUGGCUGCGGCUGCUUUUGGAUGCUUCGAGAUUGUCAAGAUCACCUUCCGCAAGGCAAUCCGAAAGGCUCUCGGUCAAAGCCCAUCUGAUGGACAUAUUGGCCAUGCCGCUCAUGGUGAGAAGGAAGACCCCUCAGUUUGGGAUCGCCUGAACCACGUGUGGAUUCGGGACAUUUGUGCCAUGUGCACCGCAUGGAGUUUGCACUUCGCAGUGGACUGGUUCCUGACCACCAACCUGGAUGUGGAGGGAGCUGUUUCCGCUGUCGUUUCUGCUGUCGUCGUGACAUGCUUGGCUCUUGGCCUGAUCUUCGUGCUGGACAAGCUUGCCGACAUGGAGUUCACUGAUGAUGAGGUCGACGCCGCGUUGCGUGCCCUCAUCACCUCCUUGGGUAUCUUGAUUGGAUUCUCCUGGGAGCGCAGCUUCGAUGCAGCCGUCGGAGGCCUCGCGGAGCAGCGGGCCUUCGGCCUCGCUCCGCCGGUCAUCACGCUGCUGCUUGCCAUUAUCUUGGCGAGCAUGGUGGUUCCCGCAUGGAAGUGGUACAUCCUUCCGACAGUAAUGCAGUUCAAGAAGGAAGCCCAUCACGCCAACCACAAUGACGGCGAGCAUGGCUCGACGGAGCAUCCUGAGCUUCAUGACGCGGAGGCUCCCGCGCAGAGUGCAGACUUGUCGCAGCCUUUGCUGGGCAAGAAGGAAGUGAGCUUUCGCGAGGGCGAACCAGACGUGAUAGUGCCUUCCCAGGGCAAAGAAGAAGCUCAGAAGCGGCUGGAGGCUCAAGCAAAGCAGCUGGCGCAGCUGCAAGCUGCCCUGGCCGCAAAGGAGCAGGAGGUCCAGGAGGCCCGUCGAUCGAGUCUGGCUUUGAAGGAGACCUGCGAGAAGGCGGAGCGGAAGAACAUCGACCUCGCAGCAGCUUGUGAAAAGGCGCAUGCAGGAGCGAAGCUCCAUGCAGAUCGCGCUGUCCAGCUCGAGGGCUCCUUGCAGGAGAAAGACAGGGCCCUGAUGCAGAGAACAACCGAAGCGGCAACCUUGCAGGAAGACGCCAAGAGGCUCAAUGCUGAAGUGGCGCGGCUUCAGAAGUCAACCGGUGAACAGGCUGCUUUGACCAACAAGCUCCAGGCAGUCAGCGAACACGCGACCAAGCUCAAGUUGUUGGACGAGCAGCGGGAAGAGGAAAUGACGAAGGCCCAAGUGAGGAUCGUCGACAGCGAGGCCGCUGCCCAGAAGUGGGAGCAACGAGCAACUGCGGAGGCGCAGCGCUCUGCUGACUUGGAGGCAUCUUUGCGCCUCCGUGAGAAGCAGCUGGAGACCCUAAAGGUGCAAAAGGCUUCGGAGAUUGACCACAUGUCAGCGGUGGCCACCGAGCGAGACCGCGAGCUGAGGCAGCUUCAGGCAGACAGUACGGGCCAGGAUGUUGUUGCCAAGCUGCAGGCAGAGAACAGGCAGCUCCAGCAGAUGCUUGACAAUGCCACCACGAAGGUGAAGGAAGGCCUGGAUGAGCAGAUGUCUCUACAGCAGCAAAAGCUGCAACUUCAGGAGGAGGUGCGUCGGCUGGAGCAAGUCAGUCCCACGAAGACUCCGAGGCCCGCGGCAAUGACUCCCAGCCGACCGGUCUCCAUACCGAGCACGACCGUGGCGAUGCCUUUGAACCCUUCUACUUCUUCGCUACCUGGAACUGGAAGCGCCGGUGCCACGAUAGGGCAGGCCUCGAACAUGGCGUACACGCCCGCUCCCUUUGCUCGACCAGCCUUUACCUGGUCGGCCCAGGCUCCCCCUGGUGGGGCCGUGGCAUCGGUGCAAGGUACCAGGCUGAUCUCGGCGCCGCAGAUGACUUCAAUGCCCGCGCAGUACGUGGUCGACAGGGGCAGCUAUCAGCAGCCGACCUGGCCGACCACCGUGAUAAACAAUCCGCAGAUCCUUCCAGGAAGCCGCUUCACAUGA